ACAACCAUUCUCAUUUUAUCCAACAAACGAAGCGGUUUAAAACUGCAACUGUUCAAUAAGCAUUAAAGAAAAGAACUGCGCAAUUUCAUUAAAUUUUGGAAACCAUUUUGGUAGCCAUUCGAACAAAACAAAAAAACGCGCAAAAAUAAUGGAAAAUAUCGAAUCAACAGAACAAAGUGUUGUUCUUCAAUUGAACGGCAUCAAGGUUGACAUGGAUGUCAUUGCCAAAGAUGCUGAACUUGAAAUGAACAACAACGAGUCCGUAAAACCCUCCGAAAUCGUAAAAAAAUUCGAAUCAGAAAAAUCGAAUGAAAUCGAGGAUGGUGGUAACGACAUAAGCGAAAAAAGUAUUGAAAGCAAAACCAGUGAAGCCAACGCCGACGAUGACACCGAUAACGAAAACAAAACUGAAGCUGAAACGGAUGCUGAAAGUGAAAAUGGUACAAUGAGUAACGGAGCAACAAAUCAAUCGAAUGAAGGUGAUUCGAAGGUUGAAAAUGCAUCAGACUCAAGUGACGAUAAAUCUGAAACAACGGAACCAUCGGAACCAUCAUCGUAUACAACUGGCACCGAUUCAAUAGAAUCCGGAACAUCUUCACCAAAAUCAUUAGAAUCUGCAUCGUCAAUAACAGAAAAUGUUGACGAAAAACCGAAAACGAGUGCCGAUACGGUUUUAAGUGAAGAACGCAGCGAUAGCGAACAACAAAAAGAAAAUACCGUUACCGGUACAAAUGAAGCUAUGAAGCAAGAACAACAACAACAACAACAAAACGAUCAAAGCGAAAGUCCGAGAAGCGAUUCAUCAAAGAAAUCACCGCGAAAAAAGUCGUUGAAUAAAAAACGCAAAAAUCGAACACGUUCACAGAAAAAGGAUGUUGAUUAUUCGGAUUUGGACAAGUACACCGUCAGCGUAUCGCAACGCCAACGUCGAUACUUUUUACUUGUGACACGUGGUCGUAAUGUUCCAGCACCAAGCGAUGAAUGCGAAAUUUUCUGCACAAAUAUUCCGAUAAAUGUGCGUGAAGGUGAAUUGAUACCAUUGUUUGAACGUUACGGUAAAAUCUGGGAAUUACGGUUGAUGAUGUCAUUCCGUAAUCCAAAACGAAAUGCUGGUUUUGCAUUUGUUCGGUAUACAAGCCACGAAUCGGCCCAAGAAGCCACCGAAAAGCUCAACGACUACGAAAUCGUACCGGGUAAACAUUUAUCGAUUCGCUUGAGCCAACCAAAUUUGAGCCUAUUCGUUGGCAACAUUCAUCGUGGAUUGACUCGUGAACAAAUUCAUGAAAAAAUUAGCAACCGAACUAAAGGUUUGGUUAAGACAUUUGUCAAGAGCUCAAUGUAUGAAGAUACAAAAAAUUGCGGUUUUUGUUUCCUUGAAUAUGAUUGUCAUACGGCCGCAUUGAAUGCAAAACGAUUGUUGAACAAAGGCAAUGUUUGGGGACGUCAAUUGUUCGUCGAUUGGGCACAACGUCGCAAACAACCCGACGAAAACGAUCUUAACGAAUCAAAAACAAUCUUUAUCAAUUAUUUGCCAAAAGAGACGACUGAUGAAGUUAUCAACGAGACAUUAAGUUCAUUUGGAACGAUUGAAAAGGUAACAAAGAUCAAGGACUAUGCAUUUGUAUUGUUCAGCGAACAUCAAGCAGCAACCGAUGCAAUGAAUGGUGUUGAUAAAACGAAACUUGGCUGUGAAAAGGUUGAAAUAUCAUUGGCCAUGCCAAAAAUGAUGAAAACUAGCCGUCCACGCAAUUCAUCGUUCUCGUAUCGUCAUGCACCGCAAAAUGGUCGCCGAAACAAUCAAUACAAACGAUAUCGACCAUCUUAUAGAACAUCGAAAAAAUUCAGUAUGCGCCAAGAAUAUAUGAGCCAAGAACAACAACCAGUGACCAAAAAAGGUAACGCAACAGCUGAUACAGCCGUUGAGCAUACAACAACAACAACAACAACAAACAUUUCGAUGCCAGCCAUGGAUCAGACUUCGGCCGAAACAUUGGUCAAUUAAAUUCACUUGCGCUCCAGCUAUUUGAUGAUGAUUUUGAUCAAUCUGAUGGCAUUUUUGCUCAUUUGAACAAUUUCAUUGUUUUCUCUUUUUACUCAUUUUAAUACGAUCAUCAAUUAAAUAAACACAAAUUACACCUGAUUGCAGGUAAUCAAAAAAAAAAAUAUUUUGAAAAAACUAAAAUGUAAAAUAUCGAAGUCAAAUCUAUGACUUGCAUAUCCAAAUUCUAUUUUCACUGGAAUGGAAAUUGAAAUGUUAGAGAUUUCUACUUCAACAUUAUAAUAUGAUAUUUUUGUUCAAACAUUUAUUUUUUUCAAAGAAAAAAAAGGUGCUCAAUCACAAAGAGAUGCAAAAAAUAAUUUG